AUGGCCCGGCUCUUCGCUCCACGUUGUGAUGGUUCGUACCUUGUGCCGAAAGAGCUGGUGGAGCAGUACAAGGACCCGAAGCAACGUCCAGCUUUGGAAGCGGAGUUCAAGAAGGCUGGCCUUGACAAGGAGCUGUUCCUGAAGCGCUCUGUGAAGAAGAUCAAGCGCCGUGAAUCCGAGAGUGAGCUCUGGGUGUCGGGGCAGUUCGUCUCGGACGGUGACAUGGACGAGCUUGGCAUGACUGCCAAGCGGAAGAAGGCGGUGCACGAGGAGUGUGCGCGCAUGAAAGGAUGGAUCAGGCGAGACCGCUACGAGCCCGACGUCAAGCUGUAUUGGCUGGAGAAAGCUGUGGAGGGCAAGAUGCUGAGCCUCGGCAUACAGUGUGCACAUGUGUACAUAUUCUCAUGCAUGUCGACCCACCCUGACUUCAUGCACAUGUUUUGA